AUGGGUCUCUUAGCACUCGGCACCGCGCUGGAAUGGCCAGAGGCGAAGAAAAAGGCCUCUCAGGUGCGCCAGUGGGGGAUCGAGCAACUGCUCGCUAAUUGGAAUAGAGCAAAGGGCAAGGAGCGUGAUGCUCUUCUAUGGGGUGAUGAGGUCGAAUACCUCGUGGUAGCCCUCGACGACGCCGACAAGAAAUCGCGGCUCUCCCUCGCCCAGGCGGAUAUCCUCAAGUCUCUUGCCCGAGACGAAGCUUUGUGGAAGACGGGCUCCUGCCAUAACAAUAAUAGUGAACAUGAUGGCGAAGAUCCGCCUCAUUUUCACCCGGAAUUCGGAAGGUUCAUGCUGGAAGCAACUCCCGGUCGUCCGUGGGGCAUUGGGUUUAAGGACCUGCUCAAGGUGGAAUCCAACAUGAAGUGGAGACGAGAGGUCGCCAAAGCGCAUAUGGCAGCCAACGAAUUUCCUAUUACUCUCACCACAUUUCCGCGCUUGGGAACCAAGGACGAUUAUAUCCGGCCAUACUACCCUCCGUCCGGCCCCGCACUUCGCUCGCAAUUUGUUCCAGACGAGAUUGCUAAUCCCCAUAUCCGAUUUCCCACUCUCGCAGCCAACAUUCGAUCACGACGGGGGCGAAAGGUGGAGCUGAAUGUGCCUAUCUUCAAGGAUGGUAAUACGCCACGACCCUUCAAAGACCCGACUGUCAAUUACGAUCUUCAUAAAUGGCCGGAGGAUGACGAUGUGCGCAAUGGUGCUGCCAAGGAUGAUCACGUCUAUAUGGAUGCCAUGGCAUUUGGAAUGGGCAGUUGCUGUCUGCAAAUCACUUUUCAGGCCAAGAAUAUGACGGAGGGCAGGCGGCUCUAUGAUCAGUUAAGCCCGUUGGGCCCGAUCCUGCUUGCUCUCACGGCCGCAACUCCCAUUUACAAGGGAUUCCUCGUGGACACGGAUGUACGGUGGAACCAAAUCUCAGGAGCAGUCGAUGACCGGACCCGUGAAGAACUUGGUGAAGCCCCUCUCAAGAAUGAUCGGUGGAGGAUCCCCAAGUCCCGAUAUGCCUCGAACUCGACUUAUAUCUCACAAGACCCGCGGCUGCGGAAAGAGUACCUCGAUCCAGACUUGGUCGUCGAUGAGGGUAUCAAGAAGCGGUUGAUGGACGGCGGCAUGGAUGAACUGCUAGCCACGCACUUCGCACACCUCUUCAUUCGCGAUCCCUUGGUCAUCUUCUCCGAGGAUCUGGAGGAGCUCGACGUUAACAAGGCUGACCAUUUCGAAAACCUGCAAUCCACUAAUUGGCAGCACAUGCGCUUCAAGCCACCACCACCAGAGUCCGAUAUUGGCUGGAGAGUCGAGUUCCGAUCCAUGGAGAUCCAAAUCACUGAUUUCGAGAACGCCGCGUUCAGCAUCUUCAUCGUCCUCAUUACCCGGGCCAUCUUGAGCUUUGAUCUCAAUUUCUACAUCCCCAUUUCGCGGACCACCGAAAACAUGGAGACAGCCCAUGCCCGCAAUGCUGUCCUGGACCAGAAAUUCUAUUUCCGCAAGGAUCCCUUCCCCCGACGAGCACCGAAGAACGCACACUCGAUGAAUGGUGGUAGUGCUUUCUCCUCUGCAUCAUCCUCCGCCGUCAACACGCCGCCUCCCUCCCCGCCCCUCGGUCCCGUGGAGAGCGAGUACGAGCUCAUGACUAUCUCGGAUAUUGUCAACGGCUGCUCGGACGGGUCAUUCCCAGGGUUGAUCCCGCUCGUCGAGUCGUACCUAAAUAGUGUGAACGUGGACGUCGAGACCCGCUGCUUCUUAGCCAGAUAUCUCGAUCUUAUCCGCAAGCGCGCUGACGGCACGCUCUGGACUGGCGCGCGAUGGAUCCGUGAGUUCGUUGCCAAGCAUCCAUCCUACAAGCGUGACAGCGUUGUGUCUGAGGAAAUAUGCUAUGAUCUGGUGAAAGCGGUCGAGGAGAUGACUGGCAAGGAGGGACAGCAGGGCUCCGUGGGGUGGGAGAUGCUUCGCGGCAGAAAGAGCUAG